UGAAAUAGGAAACCUGCAUUUGGUCACAGAAAAGUGUAGUGGGGAGGGGAGAAUUAAAAGUGAAUAAGGGGAGAAGCUCGUAGGCGACAGUCACUUUUCAAGACCAGUCUGCAGGUGGUAGACUAUCUCUCACCGAAUAUAAAUUUUAAAAAAUUGCAUGAUGUAACAAAGAUUGUUUUCUCAAAGAAAAUAAAGUAAAUGUAGGGGAAUAGCACGGUGGCGUAGCCAGUUUAUUUUCAAUGUAGCUUGACACGGAAUAGUUMCUCUGUUGACUCUGUAGCCAGUCUAUAAUUUACGCGCAGCUCUCCAUUUUUCAAAGGACAAUGAUGGACUUCAAAUGGACACUAAAGAGUAAUUAAAUGCUAUGAAAAUAGGGGUGCCUAUUCAAUUGAAGUAUUUCUCAUUCAUUCAUACGCUUUUGGCGCUAUAAUUAUGGAUAAUCUUUUCAGGAGAAAGAGGAUAUUGAAAACUCUCCUGAGCUUGUCUCUCGUUUUUGCGUCUUUGGUGAUGAUUUCAAAGUUCAAGCUUGUGGAUAACAGCAUCAAGGACGACAUGGAGGUUAAAAGUAUGGGACACGCCGGUUGGUGUGGACCUGAGUGUGAUUUAUACAAAGGAAAACGCAUAUUGAAAAGCAGUUUGGGAAACUACUCGCCGCCAGUUAUUGGUGAUGAUUUGGAUGCGCCACGGGUGACCGUCUCCAACACUACUGCGUCUACUUGGGAUGUACACGUUAUGAACUGCAGUGAAGAUUCAGCUGUAAGGAAWAAUGAUUGGUUUAGACGUUUGGAUACGAGGUUCCACCAGUUUGUGUUGCACAGACAUUGUCGAUAUUUCCCAAUGUUGAUAAACCAUCCGGAUAAGUGCAGGAAUGGAGACGUGCACUUGCUCAUGGUUGUAAAAUCCGUUAUAGAGCAGCAUGAUAGGCGAGAGGCCGUGCGGAAUACCUGGGGUAGGGAACAAACAAUUGAUGGUAAGAGAAUAAAAACGCUGUUUCUCCUUGGAAGCCCUACAAAUGGCAAAGACACUAAAAACCUUCAAAAGUUGAUUGAGUAUGAGGACAUGAUAUAUGGAGACAUUCUCCAAUGGGAUUUUAUGGACACAUUUUUCAACCUCACCUUGAAAGAGGUAAAUUUUCUGAAAUGGUUUGAUAUUCACUGCUGCAGUGCCAAGUUUAUAUUCAAAGGGGAUGAUGACGUUUUCGUGAAUACAAAUAACUUGCUGGAACUUAUUCGUUUCAAGACUGAGGACCGCAAAGUUCUAAAUGUAUUUGUUGGGGACACCAUCUCCAAAGCCAUCCCCAUCAGAAACCGCCAGAGCAAAUAUUACAUCCCCAAAGAGCUGUUUGACAAACCGUACCCACCUUAUGUUGGUGGUGGUGGGUUUUUAAUGUCCUCACAAUUAGCUCGGAGACUGUUCGUGGUUUCAGAGGCCUUGGAGCUCUAUCCGAUUGAUGAUGUCUUUUUGGGAAUGUGUCUACAGAAGCUACACUUGGCACCUGAGAUGCACCCAGGAUUUAGGACCUUUGGCAUCAUGAAACGCAGAGUGAGCCCAAUGAACAGCGAACCGUGCUUUUUCAAAAACCUAAUCGUAGUCCAUAAACUGAGCCCUCAGGAGCUACUCAUGAUGUGGAGCGUAGUAGAAAAUAAGGAGCUGGUUUGCGCCAAAAGGACUGCACAAUGAGUGUCAACCUACAGUUCAAAAGGACUCAAAGGUUAUGCAAAAAAUAUUGUAAGAUUUUACAAUUGAAUUGUAAUAUUUGUAUGUAGGCCUAGUAGGGCACUAAAAAGAUCCAACUAAGAAAGAAUGUGAAAACAAUCAUGCGGUGAUUUUUUUUUUUAAACAAAUGUUUAUGAAUGACAUUCUUUCAUUCUCACCUACCUGUUUGUUAAUGUUUUUCUAAUGUAGAUAGGUAGACCCAAAUCCCAACAGGAAAACCAAAUAAGUAAAUGCACAUUCCUUAGGUCUACAAGAUGAACCACUUUUUCAGCCAAAUCUGUAAAUAAAUGGCAGCCUUUGACACUGAAAACCCCUUUUCAUGCUACAGUUUUAGUGCUUUUGAAUUUUGAGAUAAUGGGUGUGUGAGUAACACUGAAAAGGUGGAGAUUACAUUAAAAUAUAAUUAGGUAAAGAACAYAUUCUAGAACACAUAUUGAAUUAUAUUUUAAGAGUCAAAACUAGUUUUUGGUUUGAUGUUUGUAACAGAUUCAAUAAAUAUGUAUUUGUUAUAUCAGUGUUUUACUGUAGUGCUGGGUAAGAGUUGAGGGCUGCUAGGUGGAUAUGAAACACUAAUUGUUGGUGUAGAAGUGUUGGUGUAGAAGAUUGCAACAGGUGCCUCUAAAAUACAUCUUUGACAUCUCAAACAAACCAGAAAAAGAGCAACAUCAGCACUGUCCAGCUUCAUUUAGCUUUAUUUAAUCAAACAUGGAUGUUUCAAUCUGUGCACAAAAUGGUUGUAAAUCUACAGUCAAUACUGAUGGAUAUGUACUCAAAAUACACAAGGACAAUAUAUACACCUACGUAAUUGAAUAAAUAUGGGACAAACCUAAGUCACAAAUGCAACAUUAUAAAGGUUUAGGGCCCUAUUCCGUGUUGUGGAGAACGCGAACGGAAUCACGUAUUGCAGACAUUACAACGGAAUUCAACAAUAUUCACAUAGCCUAUGUAUUGAAUUUAGUAAGAAAUCAACCAAAUCUAUUGAACUGAAUAGAAAAUGUAUUAAUUUGCACAAGUGAAUCAUAAGCCAUGAACAACCAUUUCAUGUGGAUGAAUUACCUGACAUAUGAAAUAAAUCACGACCGGGUUGAUGAUAACAUGAAAUGCCGGUACAAGUUUAUAGCCUAAAUGCCCACAGGCAAUUGGUGUCGGUAACAUUUGGUAUGCGUGAAUUGGCUGUGGAAACGCCUUAUUGAUAUAAUAACCAUCAUAUCGAAGUAAACUUGGAGUCACGUGAUGAUAUGGUGUGUGAUCCUCCCAAGACUCAGGGAAGGAAGCGUGCAGAUGAUAAGGCUACAGAUAAACUUCAACGGGUGGUGAAAGUGCAAGGUUGAUGCUCCUUUCCAAUAAAUAUAGUAUCUUA